GAAGAUGAAAUGAAAUUAAGAAACUAUUGAGGAGGCGGAAGACGACAAUGCUGACCCCGACGGAGUUGACCAUAUCGGGCUGCAAGGUUAAAUUCCCUGCUAAAGCUUAUGGAUCCCAGAUUGCGAUGAUGUCCAAGAUUAUUCUAAGUUUACAGCGCAGUCAGAACUCACUUUUGGAAUCCCCAACAGGUUCUGGUAAAUCUCUGGCUUUACUGUGUGCCUCGCUAGCCUGGCAGGAAACUGAACAGAAGAGAGUAACAGAGUUUAAUAGUUUACUAGAGCAAGCAACAGCUAAUCAGGAUCCCGCGAUAAGAGAUGCGCUGCUGUCAAUGGCCGGACCUGGUGUAGAAAUGCAGGAUGAACCGGUUGGAUUAUCAGGAACAGGGUUUAAUACUGAGAGCACUGCAUCUGAUUUGAUUAAACUACAAGCUGCUGGCGAGGGGGGAGGAUUUAUUCCAGAUCCUGAUGAGGAUGAUUUUGCCGAACCAAGUGCUAAACGUCAGAAAACUAAUGGUCCUGAUGAGAACUCUGUAGGGUUCCAUCUACCAGCUGGAGAUGUUCCUGGUUUAGCUCCGGGUUGUAAUCUUCUCCGUAUGCCGAAGAAGCAGAAGGUUCCAACAAUAUUCUUUGGAACGAGGACACACAAGCAGGUUUCUCAGAUCGUUAGGGAGCUGAAUAAGACUGCUUACUCCGGAGUAAGGAUGACGAUCCUUGGAUCCCGAGAGCACACUUGUAUUCAUCCAACCAUUAGUCGAUCCUUUAAUAAGAACCAGGACUGCCAGGAGCUCAUGGAUAAGAAGAAAGGAGGUGGAUGCAGGUUUCAGAUGAACGUGAAAUCCAAGCUUGCGUCCCACUAUAGCCUGAGGUUCCAUCUCGGACACGAAAAUGCCUGGGACCUUGAGGAUAUUGUCAAGGUUGGGAAGAAGGUAAAAUGCUGUCCCUACUUCUCAGUAAGAGAACUACGAAGUACUGCUCAGCUUGUAAUCUGUCCUUACAACUACUUGGUUGAUCCUAAGAUUAGAAAAAGUAUGGAGAUUAAUCUCAAAAACCAGAUUGUCGUCCUUGACGAGGCUCAUAAUAUAGAGGACAGUGCAAGAGACGCUGUCAGUGGAAGUUUUAACAUCGACGAUAUUGCCAUCGCGAUGCAGGAGUGUGAGAAGAUGGUUGGGUUUAAGAUCUUGGAGCAGGUUCACAGUGGACUAGCGGAUUUCUGUAGCAGGCUGGCCAACUGGAUGCAGAAAUGCAUUGAUAGUAAACCUGACUAUAGUGAUUUCAACUCCAGUUCUCGUGUUUGGACCGGAACUAGUGGUAUAGCGGAAUGGAAUGAGAUGGUGUUUGCUCCAUCUAACUAUACAGCUGUCAAGAGUAUGCUGGAGGAUGCGCUCAAGGAGCAAGCUGCAGCUACCGAGGAGCAGGAGGCUGGGGAGGAGAAUACACUGAUUCUUUCUAAGAAAGCUACAGAUGUAUUGGACGGAAUCUUUAUGUUGCUCGAGUAUAUGAAUACACGAGAAUCUAUUUACAGAGAUGAUUAUAGGAUGGCCGUGGUUCGAUCCCAGGCUAGGAAGAAGGGUGGAGCAGGAAAGGGUUGGAUGGGAAAAGGAGAGAAUGCUCUGGUCAAUGUGAUUAACUUGCAUUUCUGGUGUUUAAACCCUGCAGUUUGUUUUGACGAACUGAAGGACAUAUGUCGGAGUAUAGUUCUUACUAGUGGAACCCUUUCACCCAUUGUAACCUUUGCAUCGGAGUUGGACGUCAAGUUUCCAAUCACAUUGGAGGCUGAUCACGUGAUAGAUCGUAAGCAGGUCUGGGUUGGGACCCUGAGUCACGGACCCACCGGGCACAACCUGAACGCAACCUACAGGAACACUGAGACGCUAACGUUCCAGGAUGAGAUUGGCAAACUAGUGGAGAGUAUGUGUCGGAAUAUCCCCCACGGUAUUCUGGUGUUCCUACCCAGCUACAAGAUGCUGGACAACAUGGUUAACAGAUGGCAGGCUACAGGUACCUGGGCCGGGAUACUAGAGAAGAAAACUAUAGUUCGGGAACCCAGGUUCUCCGACCAGCUGGACGGAGUCAUGCGAGAGUUUUACGACGCUGUGGCGGCAAACAACGGUUCAGGAGAAUCCGGUCAGGACGGAGCACUCUUCCUAGCUGUAUGCCGGGGUAAGGUUAGUGAAGGUUUAGAUUUUGCUGAUAACAACGCUAGAGGAGUUAUCUGUGUGGGGAUCCCCUUCCCUAACAUCAAGGACUCCCUGGUUGAUCUGAAGAAGAAGUACAAUGAUAGGAAGAGGAGUGGGGGGAACGGGAAUGUGCUGAGUGGAGGAGAAUGGUAUGAGAUCCAGGCUUUUAGGGCACUGAACCAGGCUCUGGGCCGGUGUAUCCGACACAGGAAGGAUUGGGGAGCUAUUCUCAUGGUUGACGAUAGGUACAAGAAGAAUGAGCGCUAUGUGAACGGUUUAUCUAAGUGGGUUCGGAAAGGGGUUGUGCAUUACAACAAUACAAGAGAUAUGUUCCACAGUUUAAACAUGUUCACAUCGUCUGAUUUUCUUCUGGAAAUGAAACAGAUGGAACACGAUGAUGCAGAAAAAGAGAAAGAACUUCUUGCUCAAUCACAGGCUCUGCCAUCUCCUAGUAAAUCUCCUGCCACCAUAGAUUCUGUGCACCCAGAGCUAGAUGAACCUUGUUCAAUGAGUGAGGAGAAUAAGUUCUCUGCUUGGUCCAGUCAACAGGAAACAAUAUCUUCUAAACUGUCAAGGCUACAGGAGUUUAAGCGUCAAGUAUCUCAGAAGUUAGAAAAGGAUCGAAACAGUCAAGGAUCUGUCUUGUCAAAUCUUGAUUCCAUGUCAAACCUUGACUCAGUGACUCAUCUAAACUCUACCAGCCAGCUCAACACCAACAGUCUAAGCAUCCUGUCCCUGUCGAAUGUAAACAAAGUCGGAGAACCUGUUUAUAAAGAAAAAAUUCAAAGCAAAGUUAUAGAACCCCUACAUAAAACCAAAGCUGAAGAAACUCUUGUGAAAAAGUUCGAAUCCCGUCGAACCAAGGUAGCGGAUUUGAUAUUCGACGAUUCUCCUGAUUUCUGCAAUGACGACUCGAAUGUAAUUACUGACAAUUCCAACACAGAAUCAGUCAUUGAAGUUUUCGAUGAUGAAACUGAGAGCAAAGAGAUAAUUUAUCAACCCGUACAAGAAAUCGAGAUCCCUCAAGUCACAAAAGAUUCCUCCCUGUUAAUUCCUGAACUUGAAGAAACCUUAGAUGUAAGCGAGAAGAGUAUAUUCCUGGGUGGAGUAGACAACAUGGUGGAUGAGUUGAAACCAACCUACUCCAGGUGGGCGCAGAUGUUCCGAAAGAGAAAGGAGAAACGAGAGAUGAAGAAGAGAUCUAAAAAUCUCGAACCUGACGCAACAAUAAUCCCUGACACCCCGGAGAAAGGACCUGUAUUUGAGGAUACAAUAAACUGGGAUGAUGAGUGUCUACCUCCGUCUGACGGAGAGAAUGAAUUAAACUUCUCCUCCAGGAAACCGUUAUUUCCAACCUCGAAUACCCGGUUAAACGGAAAACAGAAAGAUCGGAGUAAGACCUACGGCAGCCUGGAGAAUGAAGAGAAUAAGAGAAAUAUGUCCUCAACUAAUUCGUCCAGUGAGAACCUGAACUGCAGGGAGUUGACAUCUCCGGAAGCGCUGGAUAUUCUUGAAACAGAUUCUUCCUUUACUAAGGGUAAGAGUAGUUCUAAGCUGAAGAAAAAGAAGAUGAAAAGAUCUACCGUCUUCCCCAAGAUAUCCGACUAUAAUAGUGAUGAUGACUUUAUUUAAUAAUAGAAUUCUAAAUACUCUGUGAUUUGAAACCAGAUACGCUUAACCUGAGAAAUCUAAUUAUUUUAUUUGAUGAAUGAUGUACCAUAGAUAUAAAAUGCCGAAGAGACUGAGAUCUGAGGAUGAAGAAAACUACUCCGGGUUGUUAAAGAACCACAUCUCCGAGAGGGAAGUUAACACUGGAGUGCUAAAGGAGUUGAAUAUGAGAUCUGUGUAUG